AUGGUGACUAAGGUUUUCGAGCUUUCCAUAGCCCUGAUUGUGCUUGUCUAUGGCAUCGUCUUCACCAUAUCUGCUCGAAGCGAUGUUUGUGCGGUUUGCCUUAUGGAAAUGUGGGAAGAAGCCCGAGUGACGCCCUGCAAGCAUUUCUUCCAUGGAGCAUGUCUUAGGAAGUGGCUAGCAGUGCGACAGGUCUGUCCGCUAUGCUAUUCAGAGCUACUGGACCCUAUAAGUGAGCCGACCACUGAAGAACUCAGAAGAGAGGCAUCACCUGAACGUGAACGUGAAAGGUUACGCGAAAGGAAUACGGAAUGGAGAGAAUUGCGGGCCAUAGAAGGAGCUCGUGACAUGUGGCCGUUGAUGGAACAGUAA